AUGCCCGAGGUCGGCACAGGGGACGAACCGGGGAUCGACAUGGUUGAGGGUACUGCGACCAUUCGUCGAAUUGAUGGGAUCGGCAGUCUCGCGAGCAGGAUGUCAGCUCGGCGAAUAGAUGAUCCUGAGGUCGAUUCCGACGAUGGUGAUGCCGAUCUCAUGAAGGGUAGUCGCGAGGUCGGCCUUUUGUGCAGAAAGGAAGGUCGUCCUUCGACGAGCUCCCGAGUUCUGACGUAUACGCGUGGUAAGACUCUUGCGGGGAUCCGACACGCUUUCACGAGGGAAUCUGGUAUCGGUUAUAAGAAUGCUUCCGAUGAUGUUAGUGUUGACAUUGGAGCAGAGUGUGGAGAUUUUGAUAGUUUGACUAACGACUACGAUUUCGCUGAUAUUCUCGAAUUCAGCGAAGAUAGCGACAAUGGUUCCGGUGGGAGUCCUAUGGUCGUUGUCCCGGCCGAGGAUACUGGUCCUCGUUCAGCUGUUUUGGGUCUUAGUGCUGCAUCGAUUGGUGACAGUCUUUCAGCCGGUCUGGCAGAUCUCGGUUCUUCGUUGUGCACAUCAGAUACCAUUGCCGAGAUGAUGCGGUGGUGUAAGAUGCCCGAGGGUUUGGUUUUUCGAGUUCCUGAACCCCACGAGCGUCCUUGGACGCCUCCAGCGGGUUUUAUUGCCCUCUAUGAGCAUUAUUUUACUGAUUGCGGUCUUUGGUUUCCUCUGCCGGAGUUUUUGACGUGUUACUGCGCGAGGCGCAAGAUAGCUAUCUCCCAGCUUUCUGUGGGAGGUAUCCGCAACGCAGCUGGUUUGGCGAUACUGGGUACCGAUUGUGGCGUAGAGGUUGAUGUACAUUUCCUUGAGGAGGCUACCAGGUUUACGAAAGUUAGAGGUAGUCCGGGGUACUUUUAUACUAGUGCUAAAUCGGGUUAUCAGAUCGUCACCGGAGCUGAGAAGAAGAUUCGUCAUUGGCAGCGUUAUUUUUUCUUUGUCAAGCUAGAUGAGACCUCGGUUGACAACCUCGAUAUGUUUUACGCUACUGAGUGGAAUAUGGUUCCCGAGCCUGUCGUUCGCUUGCGUGCUCAUCCUCCAGGUUUUUUCGACAAUCUCAGGAAGAUCAGAGCGAGAGGGGCGAUUGAUUGGCCUUCGAUUACUCAGAGAUCUCGUCUACCGCGCUUAGGGAUGGGAAAAGUUAACACUCGACUUCCUCGAUACGCCGAUCAGUUCAAGAAGGCCGUUGAUGCUGGGUCUUCUUCGCGCGCUGCCGACACUGAAGUCGUUGACCCGUCAGCCGACGGAGAUGUCGAUCUGCGAGUUGCAGGAGAUUUGAGAUCGACGGAGGUAGCCGCUACCCGCGCCGACAAAAGGGCUGCCAAGGUUCCUGCUGUCGUUCCGCGUGCGCAGAAGUCGCGUGGUGAGGCUUCUGAUGCCCUAGCGAUCGUCGCCGCUGAUUCUGGACGUCCUACUCCAUCGAGGAAGAGAGCUUCUCAUGGUGAGGUGGUUGCUCCCGAUCCCGAAUCGUCCAAGAGAUCUAGGAGGGAUGGCAUACCGCGCGACACCACUGAGAUGAUGAUUCGUUCUCCUUUUCUUACAAGACAAAGGAUGAGUUGUUUAUCAACAACGCUACUGCUUGUGGCGAGCUUGCUAGCAAGGUUCGCGGCUCCUUCGACCCGCUUCCCUCUGUGGGUUCUCUCUAUAAUCCCGAGUUGUAUCGGUCGUGGGCUCGGAAACAUUUCCAGGAUGGUGGUGGCGUGA